GAAAUUUCUAGUUCCGCGCUUCCGCUUUGCACAAGUACAAUGUAGGUUAGCUUUCGGUUUAAAUUGAAAUUUAGAAAGACGACGUUUCCUCUUAAAUGCAUCGUCGAUUUACUGGAUUAAAGGCAUUGAUGUGAAGUUGCAAACAUGUUGCCUGGGAGUAAAGUUUCUUGGCCAUGCUUUGGAAUAACAGCUCUUAACGUCAACAGCUCUAGUGGGUUUAGUGGCAAGCAACUGGUAAUGCCAGAGCUGAAAGCUCAGAACCAGUUUACAGGGAACGGUCUCCAAGGCUCGGUCCCAUCCUCGCCUGGGUCGGAUUGCGUGGAAAUAGAUGAUUACACGUCCCUUGAAAUGGAAACAAGAGAAACUAUUGACAUUUUCUUAAAAAACUUUACAGGACUCCCUCAUUCUAAAAUUGGAAAAAAACAAGUUUUGUCAACGAUGAAGCGGGUUGUGGAAAGUCUCGCGGUAAAGCACGAAAUCGCUUACAAAGGUAUGAUUGCACGUUUGGAUCUGGAGCAGAAUGGAGAAGAUAUGAGUUUCAUUACGAGUGUGGCAACGGAAAUCUUCAGCGAUGGCAUCACAAACUGGGGCCGUAUUGCAAGCUUUCUGACUUUUGGGGCAAUUGUGUGCAAGUAUCAGAAUGACAGAGGACUUGGCAAGUGUGUGAGUCUGGUGGCGGAAGACAUCGCUUCCUAUCUUCUCACAGCCCAGCGGGACUGGCUGCUCAAAAACAAAGCAUGGGAUGGCUUUGUGGAUUUUUUUCAUGUCCCGGAUACAGAGGCAGCUGUGAGAAACACACUGGUGGCCAUUGGUAGUGUGGCUACAUUUGGAGCUGCACUUGCUUAUUUGAUACGAUGAAUCCACAUGGACUUUGUGACACAUGUUGAGAAACAAGAACUCU